AUGGCGGGGUCCGGCUGGGGCCCCCCGCGGUUAGACGGCUUCAUUCUCACCGAGCGCCUGGGCAGUGGCACAUAUGCUACGGUGUACAAGGCCUACGCCAAGAAGGAUACUCGGGAGGUGGUAGCCAUAAAGUGUGUGGCCAAGAAGAGUCUGAACAAGGCAUCCGUGGAAAACCUCCUGACAGAGAUUGAGAUCCUCAAGGGCAUUCGACACCCCCACAUUGUACAGCUGAAAGACUUCCAGUGGGACAGUGACAACAUCUACCUCAUCAUGGAGUUCUGCGCAGGAGGUGACCUGUCUCGCUUCAUCCACACCCGCAGGAUUCUGCCUGAGAAGGUGGCUCGGGUCUUCAUGCAGCAGUUGGCCAGUGCCCUGCAGUUCUUACAUGAACGGAACAUCUCUCACCUGGACCUGAAGCCACAGAACAUUCUGCUGAGCUCCCUGGAGAAGCCCCACCUUAAACUGGCAGACUUUGGCUUUGCACAGCACAUGUCCCCCCGGGAUGAGAAGCACGUGCUUCGUGGCUCCCCUCUCUACAUGGCUCCCGAGAUGGUGUGUCAGCGGCAGUACGAUGCUCGUGUAGACCUCUGGUCUGUGGGGGUCAUCCUGUAUGAAGCCCUCUUCGGGCAGCCCCCCUUUGCCUCCAGGUCGUUCUCAGAGCUGGAAGAGAAGAUCCGGAGCAACCGGGUUAUUGAGCUCCCCCUGCGGCCCCAACUCUCCCAGGACUGCCGAGAUCUGCUGCAGCGGCUUCUGGAGCGGGACCCCAGCCGCCGCAUCUCCUUCCAGGACUUCUUCGCCCACCCUUGGGUGGACCUGGAGCACAUGCCCAGUGGGGAGAGCCUGGCACGAGCAACCGCUCUGGUGGUGCAGGCUGUGAAGAAGGACCAGGAGGGGGACGCUGCAGCUGCUUUGUCUCUCUACUGCAAGGCCCUCGACUACUUCGUGCCCGCCCUGCAUUAUGAAGUGGACGCCCAGCGGAAGAAGGCAAUUAAAGUGAAGGUAGGUGAGUACGUGUCCCGGGCUGAGGAGCUCAAGGCCAUCAUCUCCAGUCAGGCCCUGUUGAGGCAGGGGACCUCUGCCCGAGACCUGCUCAGAGAGAUGGCCCGGGACAAGCCACGCCUCCUGGCUGCCCUGGAAGUGGCUUCGGCUGCCAUGGCCAAGGAGGAAGAGGCUGGCGGGGAGCAGGACGCGCUGGCCCUGUACCAGCGCAGUCUGGGGGAGCUGCUGCUGCUGCUGGCAGCGGAGCCCCCAGGCCGGAGGCGGGAGCUGCUUCACACUGAGGUUCAGAAUCUCAUGGCUCGGGCUGAAUACCUGAAGGAGCAGGUCAAGAUGAAAGAGUCUCACUGGGAAGCCGAGACCCUGGACAAAGAGGGGCUGUCGGAGUCUGUUCGUAGCUCUUGUACUCUGCAGUGA